GUAAAACUAUUCCCCGUGAAGGCUGCAGGGCAGAGGUCCAGGGCGCUUUGCUGGGAGCCUCGGGACCCCGGGCUGGGGGCCGUGGGGCGGCACCUUGCAAGCGGGCGGGCGGCGAGCGGCGAGCGGAGGCUUCCCGGCCUGGCAGCAACUCGCCCCUCCGCCCUCAGCCCUCCCGGCUCCGCUCCCCUCCCCCACGCCGCCCUGCCCCUCCCCCACGCCCCUUUCUCUUUCUUUCUUUCCUUCCCAGCUCGCUUGCCCCCACCCCAGCGGCGCCCGCCGGGCUCCUCGCCCAAUGGCCGCGGGGCCCGGGAACGCAUCAGCUGAUCGGCCCGGGCUCCUGGCCGCUGGGAGCCAAUCAGGGCACCGGGGGCGGCCCCGGGCCGCGGAUAAAGGGUGCGGGGCUGCUGGCGGCCUGCAGAGUCGAGAGUGGGAGAAGAGCGGAGCGUGUGAGCAGUACUGCGGCCUCCUCUCCUCUCCUAACCUCGCUCUCUCGGCCUACCUUUACCCGCCCGCCUGCUCGGCGCCCAGCGGGGAUCCUCCCCCAGCCGCAAGUCCACGAAGAAAGCAACGAAUGAAAAUGAUGAAGACGACGAGAAGUCGGACUCCUCGGGGUCGCGCUCUAGCUGCUUCGGCUUUGUCGCCUACUCCGUGAACUCCGGGGAGAAAUCUCGAGUCAAGAUUAAGACCUUAACCCACCAACCUGCCUGUUCCGACACCCCCCGGGCCGGCCGCUGUCUGUCCCCUUCUCCAUCGCCCUCUCCCAGAAAGCUCCGGUGCUUGGAGCAGCUAGAGUCUGAGAAAGAGGAGAGGCGCGAACGCCGCUCCAAAAAGAGAAGGGUUAAAGAGGGCAACCCUAACAAUACGCUUGACUUUCUGUGGCUGGGAACACCUUCCACCAUGACCACCUCAGCAAGUUCCCACUUAAAUAAAGGCAUCAAGCAGGUGUACAUGUCCCUGCCUCAGGGUGAGAAAGUCCAGGCCAUGUAUAUCUGGAUCGAUGGUACUGGAGAAGGACUGCGCUGCAAGACCCGGACCCUGGACAGUGAGCCCAAGUGUGUGGAAGAGUUGCCUGAGUGGAAUUUCGAUGGCUCUAGUACUUUACAGUCUGAGGGUUCCAACAGUGACAUGUAUCUCGUGCCUGCUGCCAUGUUUCGGGACCCUUUCCGUAAGGACCCUAACAAGCUGGUGUUAUGUGAAGUUUUCAAGUACAAUCGAAGGCCUGCAGAGACCAAUUUGAGGCACACCUGUAAACGGAUAAUGGACAUGGUGAGCAACCAGCACCCCUGGUUUGGCAUGGAGCAGGAAUAUACCCUCAUGGGGACAGAUGGGCACCCCUUUGGUUGGCCUUCCAACGGCUUCCCAGGCCCCCAGGGUCCAUAUUACUGUGGUGUGGGAGCAGACAGAGCCUAUGGCAGGGACAUCGUGGAGGCCCAUUACCGGGCCUGCUUGUAUGCUGGAGUCAAGAUUGCGGGGACUAAUGCCGAGGUCAUGCCUGCCCAGUGGGAAUUUCAAAUUGGACCUUGUGAAGGAAUCAGCAUGGGAGAUCAUCUCUGGGUGGCCCGUUUCAUCUUGCAUCGUGUGUGUGAAGACUUUGGAGUGAUAGCAACCUUUGAUCCUAAGCCCAUUCCUGGGAACUGGAAUGGUGCAGGCUGCCACACCAACUUCAGCACCAAGGCCAUGCGGGAGGAGAAUGGUCUGAAGUACAUCGAGGAGGCCAUUGAGAAACUAAGCAAGCGGCACCAGUACCACAUCCGUGCCUAUGAUCCCAAGGGAGGCCUGGACAAUGCCCGACGUCUAACUGGAUUCCAUGAAACCUCCAACAUCAACGACUUUUCUGCUGGUGUAGCCAAUCGUAGCGCCAGCAUACGCAUUCCCCGGACUGUUGGCCAGGAGAAGAAGGGUUACUUUGAAGACCGUCGCCCGUCUGCCAACUGCGACCCCUUUUCGGUGACAGAAGCCCUCAUCCGCACGUGUCUUCUCAAUGAAACCGGCGAUGAGCCCUUCCAGUACAAAAAUUAAGUGGACUAGACCUCCAGCUGUUGAGCCCCUCCUAGUUCUUCAUCCCACUCCAACUCUUCCCCCUCUCCCAGUUGUCCCGAUUGUAACUCAAAGGGUGGAAUAUCAAGGUCGUUUUUUUCAUUCCAUGUGCCCAGUUAAUCUUGCUUUCUUUGUUUGGCUGGGAUAGAGGGGUCAAGUUAUUAAUUUCUUCACACCUACCCUCCCUUUUUUCCCUAUCACUGAGGCUUUUUAGUGCAUUAGUGGGGAGGAGGGUGGGGAAACAUAACCACUGCUUCCAUUUAAUGGGGUGCACCUGUCCAAUAGGCGUAGCUAUCCGGACAGAGCACGUCUGCAGGAGGAGGACUUUUCUUCCAGGUAGCUGAAAGGGGAAGACCUGACUUACUCUGGUUAGGUUAGGACUUGCCCUUGUGGUGGAAACUUUUAAGAAGUUAUAACCAACUUUUCUAUUAAAAGUGGGAAUUAGGAGAGAAGGUAGGGGUUGGGAAUCAGAGAGAAUGGCUUUGGUCUCUUGCUUGUGGGACUAGCCUGGCUUGGGACUAAAUGCCCUGCUCUGAACACAAAGCUCAGUAUAAACUGAUGGAUAUCCCUACCUUGAAAGAAGAAAAGGUUCUUAUUGCUUGGUCCUUGAUUUAUCACACAAAGCAGAAUAGUAUUUUUAUAUUUAAAUGUAAAGACAAAAAACUAUAUGUAUGGUUUUGUGGAUUAUGUGUGUUUUGCUAAAGGAAAAAACCAUCCAGGUCACGGAGCACCAAAUUUGAGACAAAUAGUCGGAUUAGAAAUAAAGCAUCUCAUUUAGAGUAGGGAGCGAGGGAGGUGGUUCUUAGAAAGAUGGUGAUCUGGGGUUAGGCCCUCAUGACCCUUUUGGGUUUCUGCCCUGCCCACCCUCUGGAGAAGGUGGGCAAUGGAUUAGUUAACAGACGACACGUUACUAGCAGUCACUUGAUCUCCGUGGCUUUGGUUUAAAAGACACACUUGUCCACAUGGAUUUAGAGAUAAGAGUUGGCUGGUCAACUUGAGCAUGUUACUGACAGGGGGUAUUGGGGUUAUUUUCUGGUAGGAAUAGCAUGUCACUAAAGCAGGCCUUUUGAUAUUAAAUUUUUUAAAAAGCAAAAUUAUAGAAGUUUAGAUUUUAAUCAAAUUUGUAGGGUUUCUAGGUAAUUUUUACAGAAUUGCUUGUUUGCUUCAACUGUCUCCUACUUCUGCUCUUGGAGGAGAUGGGGACAGGGCUGGAGUCAAAACACUUGUAAUUUUGUAUCCUGAUGUCUUUGUUAAGACUGAUGAGGAAUUAUUUUUUUUCUUUUAUAAUAAGAAAUAAACCCCACCUUUAUUCCUUCAUUUCAUCUACCGUUUUCUGGUUCUUGUGUUGGCUGUGGCAGCCCAGCUGUGGUUUUCUUUUGCCAUGACAACUUCUAAUUGCCAUGUACAGUAUGUUCAAAGUCAAAUAACUCCUCAUUGUAAACAAACUGUAACUGCCCAAAGCAGCACUUAUAAAUCAGCCUAACAUAAGAUCUCUCUCAUGUGUUUGUGAUUCUUUCAAAUCCCUAUGUGCCAUUAUAUUCCUUUAUUUCCUAAAACAGGCAAAAUAAGCUCAAGUUUAUAUAUGAGUUUUUAAAACACUGGAGUGAUGUUGCUGACCAGCCCUUUUCCUGUACCUCUCUAAGUUGGGUAUUUGGGACUUAAGGGAUUAAGUUUUUCACCUAGUCUUAGUAACACACAAUCUUGGCAUUUCGUAGCCUAGAGUUUUGUAGCAGGGUACGAGCCCCACUCCUCCCCCUUCCUGUGCUCCCCUGAGUUUGGUUUUGGCUUAGCAUAACAUUGUUUUGACCAUUCCUGGCCUAAUAGAAUAGCCUAACAUACUUAAUGUA